AUGCGCUCCUCGCCUCUCCUCCGUAGUACAACAGAACCCUACAUCGCCUACGGCGCGACCGCCGACCUCUACGCCGAAUGCGCCCGACAGUGCUCCUACACCGUGCCCUCCGCGCUCGAGAACCCUCCCGCCUUGCCUCCCAUGAACGCCGCAGGUGACCAUCUCGGGUCUGGAACAGGUUGGUGGUUUGAACCCAAGUCAGCAGGUGGACUGGGUCUGGAGGUUACAUUUACAUCCUGGGCGCAAGUCAUCUACCUGCACAUGUGGCUGCUCACGGUACGACUGCGGUGUUUCCCAGCGGAGUACGUCAAAGAUUGGCAUCAGAAUCUGCUGGAUCACUUCUUCUACGCGGCGGAGGAUCGCAUGGCGGUGUGGCAUGGGAUGACGUCGCGGGGAGCACGGAAUAAGGCGUUGAAGGAUUUGUAUCUGCAGUGGAGAGGUGUGCAACUGGGAUAUGACGAGGGGUUGAUUAAAGGUGACGCGGUGAUGGCGGCGGCGGUGUGGAGGAAUGUGUUCAAGGCGGAGGAGGGGGUCGAUUUGGAGGAUCUGGCGUUGGUUGUGGUUUACAUGAGGAGGGAGCUGCAGGCGCUGAGUAAGUUGGACGAUGAGACGAUUACAACGGGCCAGAUCAAGUUUGAGGAUCCGAAGGAUGUGAGGAAUCUGGUUACGACCAAGAAGAGCCCAUUCUUGGGGAAGGGAUUCACACCAGAGGAGCUCAAGGCUGCAGACGAGGCAGCGAGUGAGCAGAAGAAAGAGUAG